UAACUCCUCCGCGACGACAGGAGGCGCUAGGUACACGUAGUUUCAUCCGCAACCUGUGGUGUCCGGACGAGAAGCGUUCUUUUUCUGUGCGAGUCAACACAUCGGCUUGCAGCCUUCAACCAUAAAUUGAAGCUAGCAGGCUAAAGGCAGAGAAAACAAACCCUCUUUGGUCAUUUGCGUCUUCCAGACGUUCCUAAUUUAUGCUCCGUUUCAGCGUUUGAGUGUGUCGGCGCUGUGCCAGUUGUCGGGCCACACAGGAGGAAGAUGUCAUCUUUUGCACAAAGGGUUUUGCUAGUGUUGCUUCUCUUUCCAUCUGUGGUCGCCGCUCAAGAAGAGGAUCCCUCACUAUUGGAUGGGUGGCGUGAUGUGUGGCUAUUUCGCUUCCUGAUCAACUUGCUGGGAUACUCGACCAUCAUUAUCCCGGGCUAUUUUCUUAUCCGCUACUUCAAGCGCACCAAUUACUUGGACACAGGUAGUGGCUUAUGCUCUACGGUCAUCAAGGCCUGUGUAUUUGGAACCGAAGCCAAGUCGGGCUUGUUGGAUGACGUGUCCGUCACAUCCCGGAAUGAGGGGGAUUCGGGCUCGUCGCUGCGACAGGCCGUUAGCUUGAUCUUUUGUGCAGCCGGACUUCAGGUGUCAUACCUGACGUGGGGGGUCCUGCAGGAGAGGGUGAUGACCCGAUCCUACGGAGCCUCAACUCCAGAGGAAGAGGGCGAGCGUUUCAAGGAUUCUCAGUUUUUGGUCUUCAUGAACCGGAUUUUGGCCCUGACUGUGUCGGGGUUGUGGUGCCUGCUGUUCAAGCAGCCACGCCACGGCACGCCCAUGUACAAGUACUCGUUCGCCUCACUCUCCAACAUCAUGAGCAGCUGGUGCCAGUACGAGGCACUCAAGUACAUCAGCUUCCCCACUCAGGUCCUGGCCAAGGCCUCCAAGGUCAUUCCGGUUAUGCUCAUGGGUAAGAUAAUUUCCCAGAAGAGCUACGAGUACUGGGAGUACCUGACGGCGGCGCUCAUUUCAGUUGGCGUCAGCAUGUUUCUGUUGUCCAGCACUGCCGGCAAGCACCCGUCCACCGUCACCACCUUUAGUGGCGUGAUCAUCCUGGGCGGCUACAUCGUCUUCGAUAGCUUCACUUCCAACUGGCAGGACAACCUGUUCAAGUUCAAGAUGUCCUCCGUCCAGAUGAUGUUUGGAGUCAACCUGUUCUCUUGCCUCUUGACGGUGGGCUCGCUGCUCGAGCAGGGUGCAUUCUUCGACUCGCUGGCGUUCAUGGCGCGCCACUCGGAGUUCGCCUUCCACGCCGUGCUGCUGUCCGUUUGCUCGGCAUGCGGCCAGCUCUUCAUCUUCUACACCAUCAACCAGUUCGGCGCUGCCGUCUUCACCAUCAUCAUGACUUUGCGCCAGGCCAUCGCCAUUCUCCUUUCCUGCUUCCUUUACGGCCACGCCGUCACCGUGAUUGGCGUCUUUGGCGUGGCCGUCGUAUUCCUGGCUCUAUUUUUGCGAGUGUACGCCCGUAGUAGGGUGAAGUUGGGCCGGCGGCAGGCUCAACCGAUGAUGCAGAAGGUGUAGCGUUUGCACCAAACUAAGGACUGAGACCACGUUUUCGGUGGGGCCUUUUUUUAAAACGAAUCACGUCUAUUGUUUAUCAUCUCUGUUAGGUACUGAAAGGGAUUAUUUUGUUUGUUAUUUUGUGCCUCCAAGCGGUUUCACAACCUGCCUCGUUACACUCACAAGAUGUUUUUCUCCCUUAAGGACAAUUUGUGGCUAGUUUGGUCACUGCUAGUUGCUGAGAAAAACCUACUCCAUAAAAAGUUAGGGAUAUUCAUCUUUUGGGUGUUUUUUUUUUUUUUAAAUUGAAAAUAGGUAUUUUAUUUUUUAAGAGAACAGAAAGUUAAAGUAGAAUUUGGGAAGAAAAACAAAACUCAGGGGGCGGACAUUUUAACUUGGACUUACUGUGAUGUCAUUUUCAGUCAAACAGCAAGUGGCAAAAUAGUCACCCCCUAUCUUAGAACAUAUUAGAAUGAGCAUAUUUUUUUACUUAACUUCCCCUUUAAAGUAAGUUAAAUUAAAUUACCUGUAACGCUUAUGACUACAUUUUAGGUUCAUCCUGAAAUGUCACCUGGAAGCUAACUUUUUGUGAGUAGUGUGUGUGGGCUUUAUGGCAAAAACAGUUAAACUUUAUGACAUUGCCCUGAAUUGACUGAACACUGAAACAAGAUGGUCAAUAUCAUAAAAUCAUCCGUUGGUCUGUCACAGUUGCCAGAUGUCCUUCCCAUGUGGAACGCGAGUGGCCUUGGUGUAUUUUGUACUAUGAAACUGCACAUAUCUUUGAGUGUAUCUACGCACACAAUUUGGUACAAUUGUGGAUGUGACAAAAAGAGAUGCUGCAAGUUUUUUUUGUGCAGCAUUAGUUUUAAGACACUUUUGAAAUUUUCUUUUUAAAUCAUGUUACAGCAUUGACUCCAAAUCAUGUUAAUAUAUCUUAAAAGUUGUUUAUAUCCACCAUGUCUGUUACACUGCAUCCUGUGAUCGAUCUCUGUAUGGGAGGAAGUGAAGUAAUAAUAAAAUACUUAUUCAUAUGAAA